GAGGCGGGGAUUAUAGUGCGGAAAAUGACGCGGCUGGUGGCUGCAGAUUGCUAGUUAUUUUCAUCACCAGCAUAGCAACGAAAAAAGAAAGAAAAAAAAAAGGAAAAUGGAUAAAAACACUACAACGUUCCCCGUCCAGCUUUAUAUUUACGACCUGUCAAAGGGAAUGGCGCGCCAGCUCAGCCCUAUAAUGCUCGGGAAGCAGCUCGAUGGAAUUUGGCACACUUCCAUUGUAGUUUAUGGAGAAGAGUUCUUCUUCGGUGGUGUUGGGAUCUCCAGUUGUCCACCGGGAGGGACGAUGCUUGGGCCACCCGAUACAGUGGUGCAGUUGGGCAACACCGAGGUGAAUGAGGAGAUCUUUAUGGACUACUUGUCAUCACUUGGAGAAACCACGUACAGAGGAGAAAGAUAUAAGUUGUUUGAACACAACUGUAACACCUUCACUAAUGAAGUGGCUCAGUUUCUAACAGGCCACAAGAUUCCUUCUUACAUCACAGACUUGCCAUCUGAAGUGCUCUCCACGCCGUUUGGGCAGGUCCUGAGGCCGAUCCUGGACUCCAUCCAUAUUGCGCCCCCUGGUGGAAGUGUUAUCAACAGCCAUAAUAAUCACAGCUAGGUCUCUUUCGCCAUCUACACGCACACACUGGCAGCUUGUGUUUGUGUUUAAACAGUCAUGUUGGGUUUAGACUCGGGGAUCGGUGUGCUGUCGUUUGUCUGCUCCUGCUCUACAGACACACGGCUCGGAUCCUCACGCUGCAGUCCUGAAGCCACAGUCAGGGAUCUCAGUACUUCAUCUCCGUAUACACCGAGCUCCACCUCCACACGCUGUACUCUGCAAAAGUAUUGUUACCCCUCUAUCCCAGCCAGGAAUGGAGGAGGGAAAGUAUCUCAUGAUUUAUCAUGAAAUCCCGUACAUUUUUUACCUAUGAGAUGAAUCAUUUACCUUUGUAAGUGAUUCCUCGAUCGGACCAGCAGUCUGAUUGGCCAUGUGUGUGAAAAGAAUGAUGUGAUUGCCUGCAUUGUAAAGGACGCUACCUUUUAUACUUUGCAGCCGUUUCCUGCCUUCUGAUCGGAGCACAGUGAUCAUUCAGGCGGUGUUCAUUCUCAGCCUAGCAGCGACUCUGAGGUAGAAGUGUGUGUGGCACAGGUACAGGUCCGUGUGCUUAAUAAAGAAAUCGUUAAUUAAUUACGAGCGUGAAGAUGAAUCCCUGAUUGUGGCACUUUGGAUUCAGUCGUGCUUUUUUAAUAUUCAAAUAUUGUAUACAUGACAUACGCUCCAGUGUUGACCGUCUUUAAACACCUGCAUCAUAAUAAAUGUCUUAUAAAAGCUAUAUUUAUCAGAUAAGUUACAGUUUCAGCCCAUCCUAUAGCCAGUAAAUGGGUUUUAAAUAUUAAGUAUUUAUUAUAAUUAAACAGUUUAUCUAUAAAUCUUUAGUAAAUGUUUGUAGUGUGAUUUCGAAGCCUUUUCAGUGUUAAGUGAUAAAUCAUUCCGAUUUCUAUCCAUUUAUUUGCACAUUAUUUGAACACCGGGCCUCUUUCCCGUGUUUCAGUCACUGCACUUUAACUUAGCGGUUGCCAUAUUGUAGGUUUAUUUUUAUUCAAUCUUUUUCAGCAGCACGAUAGAUUGUUGUUUAUGUUGUUGAGUUUUCACAAUGGAAACUUAAUCAUAAGCAGAUUACGGUGCAUAGGUCAAGACUCAGAGACCGAGUCAACACCGAUAAAACACCAUGUAGGAGAAUAAAGAUUAAUAUGAGAGAGUCACAGAGGGUCAGAACCCAUGCAGCGAUUUGCGAUCGAGUCUCUCAUACGGUUUUAACUGAAGGACGCCUUUAUCACUUUAUUAUCGUAUUAAUAUCAUAAUUUAUCUCUGGAAUUUCUUGUUGACAAUUAUAUAGUUGAAUAAAGUGUUCUAUUAUGUUGCCAUGAAUAUUUAUUUGUCGUUAUGAUUUUGAAUGUGUUCCAUAUGUACUAGUAAUAACUGGACUUUAAUAUCUAACCUGUUUGUAAAUAUAUAUUAUGUUAUACAAACAUAUUCAUCCGAAUAAAGAAAACCAGCUGUGAUCACCA